GCGGCGCGGCGCGGUGACACCAUCGGCGCGCGCCGGCGCGGGGGCGGCGGGCGAUGUCGGAGAGCGGCGGCGGGGCCGCGGCGGGCGCGGGCGGCGGCGCGGGGGCCGCGGGGCCCGGGCCCACCGACCCCGGCUCGCUGCCGCCCGGGGACCCGCAGCUCAUCGCCAUCAUCGUGGAGCAGCUCAAGAGCCGCGGCCUCUUCGACGGCUUCCGCCGCGACUGCCUGGCCGACGUGGACACCAAGCCAGCCUAUCAGAACCUGAGGCAGAAAGUUGACAACUUUGUCUCGACCCACCUGGACAAGCAGGAGUGGAACCCGGCCAUGAACAAGAACCAGCUGCGGAACGGGCUGAGGCAGAGUGUGAUCCAGUCAGGAAUGCUGGAAGCUGGAGUGGACAGAAUUAUUUCUCAGGUGGUGGAUCCAAAACUAAACCACAUCUUCAGGCCUCAGAUAGAGAGGGCGAUUCAUGAAUUUUUGGCCGCACAAAAGAAAGAGGAAAAUGUGCCAGCUCCUCCUCCUCCAGAGCCUGAGAAUAAGGAUCCUCCUGCUCCAGCUCAGGAUGCCUCCUAAAGGGAGAUCCUGCUGCUGAGCAGCUGCAGUUGCAACAUGCCCUGUUAGACUGGCAAUGGAUUCCUUGUUCCCUUUGGUGCAGGGUUGCUGUCUGCCAAAGAUGAUUAACCUUUAUUAGGCCUGUGGGAAAUGGGCACUGAAAUGGGGAAAUUCAGGUGCACCUGGAGUUCUGCCUGUGGAGGGACAGCCCAAGUGUGGAGAGAUUCUUGCUGUGAACUGCAGCAUGUCUUCGUUAGUCACGCCUUUGGGCAAGGGGGUGGGAAGGGAAAAAGGGAGUUGUCUGCUGUCUGGAGGGAGUGGGGAGGAAGGCUGAGGUGCUACAAGGAGCACAAAGAAAGGAAGGAGGGUUUGGGGGUGGGUGUUUUUUUGGAGACCAAGUAGAGCUGGCAGGUUUGCUUUGAUAGAAACCAGAGGAGGGGGAGCCUUGUGUGCCUCUGCUGGGUUACAGGGAGCAGCAGGUGCCAGGACAGGUGGAACUGCCUGCACUGCCUGCUUUGGGAAAGGCAUUUCCUCUUCAAAACUGGAGCUGAAGCUUCAGGAUCCACUAUCCAGACAAUUCUCUUGAGCACAGGAACACGUUUACAGUUGGCUAUGCCUGUAGCUGAUGUCACUCCUGCUUCCCAGGGAACUCUGGGGAGCAAAGGGCACACCAGAGUAGGGGAUCAGGUGGAAAUUUGUCUUUUUUCUGCUUGGAAGACUUUUUUCUUUCUCAGGUGCCUGGUGGAAACUGUCCUAUGCUUUCAGCUUGAACGCAUGCAGUGUCCUCUGGAUGACAGUCAAACGGACAAUGUGAUAACCUGUUCUGCCAGCAAAUGUCCACACCUUUUUGCAAUAAAACACCUCAAAAAGCA